CCCCACCCAAGUCAAUCAGUUGCACCACAUAAAGCAAUCCAUUCUUUUGCUUUAUCAUUUUGGGGUUUUGUGCAAUAUUUAUCAAUUGACUGAGCAUCGAGUAAAGAGGAAAGAGCGAGAUAAACACGUCAUGGCAGCAGAGUCAGGGCUAACAGAAGAGCUUGAAACACUCCGGUCUAUCUACACUAGUGAAGAACUAGCUGUAAUUCAAGAGGGAGAGACAACUGUUAUAUAUAAUUACAACUCUUCGAUAAAACUGACUAUUAAAUUGAAUGCUCCUUAUCCUGCGUCCCUCCCAUCCAUAACUGCCCCCUCUCAUCUUUCAAGCCUUGGACUCAUCAGCCAUCUUGAGUCUGUGGCGACACCUCUCCUUGGUACUCCAAUGCUUUAUGCAAUCAUUGAUGCUGCUAAAGACUGGCUGGAUGGCCAUGCCCUCAGCUUAGCCCCUCCCACUGGAGGAGGGAAAGAGAGAGGGGAUAAAUCUCCCUCACCCAUAGCUGCUUCGUCUCAAACUACAUGCAAGUUUUAUUUGCAAGGAAAAUGUAGAUUUGGCGACAAAUGCAAGAACUAUCAUCCCGGAGCUAAGACUCAGACUGAUACCCAUACCAAACAAACUGAUACUCAUACCAGUGCUAGUACUCGGACUCAAACCAAAACCAAAGGAACCAAAACUGAGGCAAGCAACGGAGGAGGAGGAGGUUCUUCAUCAAAGAAGACUGAUGAAAGAGAUGAUGAAGAUGGCUUUAAUUCAAAGAAAGAUAAAAUGAGAACAGCAACUGAAGUCAUAUCACGAAUACUAUGGGACCCUGACUUACCCUCUGAAGAGUUUUCCGUCGGGUAUCUUGAUAGAUUUAUUGGGAUAUUAGAGAAACCUUUCAAAGAGUUCAGUUGGGAGGACAUAUCUACAGUAGGAGCUAAUGUACUAGCGGUACCAAAGCAUCGGAUACAGUACUUCAAGUACAAGGAUCUUAUAGUAUGGGACAAACGGAAUCAAACUGAUAACUUCUUUGGAUCAAGAGGAGGCCAGACAAUACAAGAGAUAGUAACUAAGAAUCAACAAGCCACUGCCUCACCUCAAGCAUCUUCUGAUGACCAAGAGUCCCUCAGUCUCUUAGAAGCUGAAACUGAGUAUGAACCUGAAUCAACAGAGAAGACUUCUCGCUACUAUAGCGACGUUACCCGUCCCACCCACUUUGUCUGUCUUCACAUUAACGAUCAAGAAGUCGUAGAUGAAGUAAAGAAAGUCGUGUCACAUGUGACUGGUCUUAACCCACAGCUAAAAGAAGGUUUAAUUAAUAUACGAGCGCUUCACGUCACGCUGUGCAUGGUAAGACUGACCAGCGAUGAACAGAUAGAGAAGGCAAAGACUGUACUCCAAUCAGCCAGGCUUCAGUUCAUAUCUUUACUGCCUUCAUGUACACAAUUAGCAUUCACUGGUGUAGAUAAUUUCAGGGAGAGACUCAUUUAUGUUAAAAUGAAAGAAGAGCCGUCUCUUUCUAAAUUUGUCUCUCAUCUGAUAGAGCAGUUCCAACUAGCUGGUCUUAAGACCCCAGGGAAUCACGAGGAAUACACUCCACAUAUAACCAUUGUGAAGCUAUCCCGACCAAUGCAGAGAGAGCUAAAAACAGAUAUUAUCAACCCAGCCUGUUACCAGCCAUACCUCAGCCACUCUCUUGGACAACAGCCAGUUAGUAGUGUUUAUCUGUGCUCCAUGCAUGCUCCUGCUCAGGAGGAUGGGUUCUAUCUUCGUUACUCUACGCUAUCUAAUUCCCUCCUGGGUCUCCCCGAGUCGUUUGUGAGUCUGGUACAGAAUCAGUUUGGGUUGUUAGCUGAUUUGGGGUAUUUGAGUGAGACUGAUCGAGAUGCUCUCCUCUCUGAUUUGAGAUCAACCGUUCAAGAUCAAAACGAAGAGAGAUUUGACGAAAUCAUUGAAGAGCUGAUGCGCCUCAAUAAAGAAGCAAUGUCAUUUGAGUCCCUCUUUACAUUACAACCUUGUGUCGUUAUUCUUAGAGGUCUGCCGGGCUCAGGAAAAUCUUUUCUAGCCUCACACUGUCAAGAAGUACUCAAGAAUACAACAAAGACAGUCAUUUUAUCUGCCGAUGAUUAUUUCACAGGUAGAAGGGGAGAAGAGGAGAGGGAGUAUGUCUUUAAUCCUGCCACUGCAUACAAGGCGCAUCAACACGUCCUGCACCAGUUCCUCUCUUCACUUGCUAAUGGGGUCAAACUAGUCAUCAUUGACAAUACCAACACACAGCUAUGGGAGUACAGGAUAUACACUCAUAUAUGCGACGUGCUUGGAUAUCCUUAUCACAUAUUAGAGAUACCAUUCCUCUCUUCUUCUAAUUUAGCUGAGCUGUAUCGAUCCCGUAACGUGCACGGCAUACAACCGCCAGCGAUUGUUAAAAUGAGCCAACGCUGGGAGGAAGAUGAGAGGAGAAUACUAGUACCGCCAAAACUAGUCUACCCUCGUUCCUCCUCCUCCUCCUCUUUGGAGCCCCCAUCUUAUUCUCUACUCUCUUUAUGUGGUACACAAUCCUCUUCUCUCACUGAUCUUGCCAAUUCCGAUUGCAAGAUAGUACCUGUCUAUACUGGCCUAUUCCUCUCUGUUGAGUCACAGUGGGAGCUACUCAAAACAUAUCGUCCUGCCCACUCGGAUCUAUUUGGGUCUCACGUGACACUACACUUUAAACCCACGGCCCGUCAAUUAGGGGAACUCCCUCUUGGGAAGAGAGUCCAAGUGCAGGUACUGGGUGAGUCUGAUAAUGGACGAGUCCAAGCUGUUGUUGUUGAGUUGCCUAGUCAUGUGACUAGUGAGAAUAAGAGCCCCCACAUUACUAUAUCAACAGUACCAGGCCUGCCUCCUAAGCUGGCUAAUGCCAUGCUCCAGUCUAAAUUAAUUAAACAGAAUAAACUGAUUUAUCUUGAAGGAGUUCUUGGACUUGUGGUGCGUCAAGCCACACGAGAGGAGAGAGAGGGGAAAGAGUUAAUGGAUGAGUCUCUCUCUUCUCUAUCAUUUCACACCAUCACAUCACAGACUGAAUUGAAGUCGAUUGCUCCUAAGCUGCUAUACACUGAUAAUGAUGAGGCUAGUCCUGUUGCUACGUCGAUUCCUUAUAAAGAAAAUGCUGGGAUACUCACAGGGGAGCAGGAAAUCACACAAUUAUUUAUAUUUGAUUUUGAUGGUACGUUAUUCAUUCCUCCUGGUAACUAUGAAGGGAGGAGAGAAUACGAGAGAUUGACUGGCAAGAAAUGGCACAGAAAGGGUUGGCUGACUCAUGCAGACUCUCUCCUACCUCCUCUUCAUGUACAGCCCGGCCCUGCUCUCUCGGACUAUCGCUCUCAUGAUAACAGAGCUGGGAGUUACACUGUGAUACUGACUGGACGCACUGACAGUGUUAGACUGGGACUAGUGUAUGUAUUGGAGAAAUCACAGCUGUAUCCACAAAGGAUCAUAUGUAAACCUAAUGAGACGAGUGAGACUACCUCUGCAUACAAAAUGAGAGUUGUUAAGGAGUUACUUGAGGAGCUACCUAAUGUCAACCUGGUGAAAUUUUGGGAUGAUAUUGCCGAGAAUUUAUCUGCUAUACAGCGCCUGGCUACUCAAAAGGGAAAGGGUUUUGGUCGUCCUGUUCAGUUUGAGAUCAUUGAUGCUACCAAAAUGAGUGACAUUCAUGGGGACAUUCGAUCCCCAAAGAAGCGUCUCCCUAAUCCAGUGACACAGUUUGGGUCUUACCUACAAGGAUACCUCACUCUUCACGGCCUCCUUCCUUCCCUUGAUCACAAGGCAGGGAUACAAGAAGGACUACUCUUUAUCUCCACCCAGUUUGCUAAACUUGUUCACUACAACGGAGACCCACUGAACCUCUCGUACGAAUUUGGUUCUAGUCCACUCAAUCGUAUUGGUGAUGUUGAUGUUUGUCUCUUAGCUCCACCUGGCCACACUCACAUAGAAUGGCUCCAGCUAUUAGCAAAAGAGCUAGAAGCUUGUGGCAUGAAGUAUGUGCAUGUUGGACACAGCUCAAGAUGCCCACGUCUUAAGAUAUUACUCCAAUUCUCUCACACUCCUAACAUUGAGUUUGAUAUUGUUAUAGCAAUAGUACAUAAGGAAGAGUUCUUUAGCAGAGGAGGAGAGGGAAAGAUGUCAGCCUCGAAGGUGGGAGAGACAAGAGAGGCUGGGGACAGUGUUAGUAAGAUUGCUAUUAGUGGUGCCUUGUUUAUGGAGAGGAUAGAGAGUAUGGUUAAGAGGACUGGUGUCUCACUGGAGACAAUAGGAGGAAUGGUUGAAAUGACAUUACAGCUACUAAUGGCCAAGAGAGAGAAGGGCAAUGCAUAUCAUUGCAUUAGGAGCUUUCACAUUGUUAAACUACUCAUUGAUUAUAUUGAUAGCCACUCUCAAUUACCCUCACUUAAUCAUGAUGAGCUGUUCAAAUCAUUCAUCUAUCAUGUCUCUCAGAUGACGUUCGACAAUUGGAAGAACCUCCUCACCGAGUUUGUUCCCGAAGAGUACAUACCACGACUCAUGAGUAUCUUUAAAGAAGCAAGUACCAUACUAUCAGUAGAGACCAUCUCAUUGCCAGUAUAUGAGGAUAUACUGAAGAGGAGUGUGUUCCCACCUGAUGGAUAUACUCCUGUUGAAAUAAGACUGUCUGGUACUGACAGUUUGAAGAAAUGGAAGUCAAGGAUGCUGAUAGAGGCUAGACUACCUUCUUAUAUACGGCAGCUCCUCUCCCGUGGUCUGGAUGUAGUGUCUAAUGGUAAUAAGAAUAAUGACAGGUUCUGUUUUGCUGUGCCUCAGUCCGAUUCGUCAAAAGGAAUCCUUCAACAAGUCCUGAGACCUUUCUGGAAUGAAAUGGCUGAUAUCAAGAAAGAGGAUGGAGUCUCUAUCCACCUAACAUUAGGAUUACCUACUGAUGCACAAUCACAUGUUAAUGCUGCUACUGAUUCAAGAGCCAGGGGCGUGUUGGAGUCUGUUAGAUUGUUUGUAUCAUCAGAGCAGAGGGAGCUGCACCUGCCCUCAUCACUCACAGCUCAUACUAGAUUACUGGUUCAUGAAACUGCCGAGACAUUAGGUCUAGCUCAUAGUUCAGUUGGUAAAGGGAAUAACAGACACAUUGUACUGAAGAAAUUAUAACUUUAUUUAUAAAUUUUACUUUGAGUUUGUAAAUUUUGAAGAGAUUUGUAGUGAGUCUAUUAUUUUUUUGUUUUUACUUCAGUAUAAUUAUUGUGUUAAAAGUGCUACUAUUGCAUUGACCUGUGCAUUCCAAGUCUGUGGGAGUAAGAGUAUUAUAGUUUAAGCUUGAAUCAUUUUGCUUGAGUGAAUUUUGUUAAAAACCA